UUUUAUUUUUUUUUUGCUUUCCAAAGAGGGUCAUGACCCUUGAGUCUUUUUACAUGUUGGAGGUUGGCAACUAUGUUUAAUACUCUACUGAUCAAACUUAGCACUAUUACAUAUCUGAUCCAUGCUCUUCUCUAUGUGUUAUCUCUGGAAUCUGAUGGUUCAAAAUUUGAUAAUUUGAUGUUCACCGUAUCAGAUUUCAAUUUGCUUUUCUUACUAUCAGUACUUUGAUUUAUCUCCUUCUCGAGCUUAUAUUUAUGCAGAUAUGGUUAUAUCCUUCCGCAGAUUUCGGUGUCGAGUAUAUAUGAAUUAAACAACUGGUAAUCAACGAAAUCUGUUUAAAAUCUAAAACGAUAUACAAAUAAAUAUUUUUUUUUCUAUAACUAAUAUUCAAAUGAUGGAAACGGUAACUCACCGUGAAUGGACUAUUUUCAUGAGGAUAGUCGUAAACUAAUCUGUAUGUUGUUUGGCUAAAAAAUGUUUCUGAUGGCACGUACUUGCGUGUACGAUAGGAAAUAUUUGAAAAUAUUUAUUUAGCAUCGCUUCUUCUUGAUAAAUGAAAAAAUGGAAUCUUCAAGUGGAGGUAAUAGUAUACCUAAAAUCAUGGUGUUCAGGCCAACCAUGGAGGAAUUCAAAGAAUUCACUAAGUACGUUGAGUACAUGGAGUCUUGUGGGGCUCAUAAAGCUGGUGUUGCAAAGGUUAUCCCUCCUCCAGAGUGGACACCAAGGAGAAAUGGGUAUGACGAUGUUGACAUCACCAUACCAGCACCCAUAACUCAAGUUGUCACUGGUUGUCAAGGACUCUAUCAACAGUUCAAUGUGCAGAAGAAAUCUAUUAACUGCAAAGAUUUUGAACAAUUGGCGAACAGUGACAGGUAUCGAACACCAAGGCAUUUUGAUUAUGAAGAACUGGAAAGGAAGUAUUGGAAAAAUAUUACAUUUGUGAAUCCUAUCUAUGGAGCAGAUAUUUCUGGUUCUUUGUAUGACAAGGAUCAAAACUACUGGAAUAUCAAUAAGUUGGGAACGAUACUGGAUUAUGUCAAUGGUGAUUAUGGCAUUAAGAUUGAGGGUGUCAACACUGCCUAUCUUUAUUUUGGGAUGUGGAAAACAACAUUUCCUUGGCAUACUGAAGACAUGGACCUAUACAGCAUCAACUAUGUCCAUUUUGGGGCUCCAAAAUCCUGGUAUGCCAUUCCACCAGAACAUGGGAGAAGACUAGAAAGAUUGGCACAAGGUUUUUUCCCAAGCAGUUUUCAGUCGUGUCCUGCUUUUUUGAGGCACAAAAUGACUUUGAUUUCACCUGCAAUUCUGAAACAGUACUCUAUUCCCUUUAAUAAGAUAACACAGGAAGCGGGGGAGUUCAUGAUAACUUUCCCAUACGGCUACCAUGCGGGUUAUAAUCAUGGGUUUAAUUGUGCAGAGUCCACCAAUUUUGCUACAAGAAGAUGGAUUGAGUAUGGAAAGAGAUGUUUACAGUGUACCUGUCGAAAAGAUGGGGUCAAGAUCAGCAUGGAUUGUUUUGUUCGAAGAUUUCAACCAGAUCGAUAUGACCUUUGGAAAGUUGGGAAAGAUGUAGCACCACAUCCAGAAGAUGACCGGUCUAAACUUUAUAAGCACAAGGACUCUGUUGGGGAAAAGGCGAUAGAGGCCAACAUCUCGGGCAAAGUACAGACAAAGAGGCAUCCCAUAUCAAGGAAAUCAGAGCAGACGUUAAAAAAAAAUAAGGUCAAAACAAACAAGAAAUCAGAGAAGAGUGUAGAGGAAGGGGAUAAAAACUUGAUGGAGUCCAGUGAGGAUUCAGAUAAUGACAAAUAUGGAGGAUCAACAGAAGACGAAUGCUCUGAUAGUGCUGAGGAUAAGCAGAAAUCAGAUGAUUCAGAUAGCAAACAGAAAAUUGAUGUCUACCUUAAAGAUGUGUCAAAGAAAAAGGAAACUGUGAAGAAAAAUGGGCCUCCAUCUUUUCAAGCUGCUUUUGAAUCUUUAGUGGCUGUCCGCUCAGGGGCAUUAGCUCUACGUCCAGGAAGUGUAGUUGAAGAAAUGCCACCUAGGAGAAAUAAACCGAAAAAGAGGAAAGCUGAUGGGGUAGCUGUUCAAAAUACAGAAAUCAAACAUGAGGGAAUUCAAGUAAAACAGGAAGCUCCACAGACCUCGAGUAAUCCGUCCAAUGAAAACACUAAUAAUGCAUCUUUGAUUCCAAUCAAAAGUGAAAAGGUUACACCAAAAGCAACAGUGAUGGACACUGCAAAACAAGUUAUUCCGAAAAAGAGGUCAAGGAAAGAAAAUCCUGGUACCAGCUCAUACUCUUUCCUCCCCCUAGCACAGUCAAAUAUGAAAACCCAACAACAAAAUCAGUCCGACUUUAAUCGCAUUAAUUUCCUAAUGCCAACCAUAAGAUGGAUUGAACAACAACAAAUGUUGCAGAAUAAUACCAAGGGAAAAUCCUACAUAGAUUCACCUUUCAACCAAAGUUCUGGUAUCUCAUUUGGUGAUUUGCUGAGCUCAACAGCUAAACAGCCAAGUCGAGACAGCAGUUGUGGAAAACAAGAGAACAGGGAGUCUGGUUCUUUCAGUGGUAUGGAUGUACCCAAGUCUUUAACCGUUGUUACUCCAACAUCUCAGCAGGGCACAGCUGAUUACAUUAAGACUGUGAGAAUGAAAAGCAUCCCUUCAGCUACUGUAACUAGUGAGCCCAAACAAGAAGGAGCACAAGCAUUAGACCUUUCAUAUUCUUCUGCAGCAAACUCUGAAUUGUCAACCACUGUUAACAGGACUGUGCAUGAAAGAAAUGCUGUUGUUUCUGAGACAAGUGACUCGAGAACUCUUGAACCAAAACCACCAGAUAUUUUGCAUAAGCCACCUAUGAAAUUAACUGGAACGCAGCAAAGUUUGUGUUCCAAUAUGUCUGAAGCAUUCAAAUUGGCCAACAGUAUGUUAACACAAAAACCUGAAACAUCACCCCCAGGAUCAAAGCCGCCCCGUUCUUUGCUCAGUCCAGGGAGACAUAGAGUUGAGGGGACCAUGGGAUUAGCAGAGGCAGUAUCACAUGACCAUGGCAGUUUGGGCUCUCCACCUUUACCAAGUAAUGCCUGUGGUUCAACAACCUGCAUUGGAACAUCAUCAUCCCUCCUCAUGAAUUCACCUUCCAUGCCCUCACAUUCCAAUAUGAGACCUCCACAGGCUCACAUGAUUCGACCAUCCAACCCAAAUCCUAGGUUUCCACACUUGAAUCCAAUUGUUUCAUCAACAGCACAAUCAAAUCUACUUCUGCAGGCCCUCAACCAACAAAAUCCAACCUCACAACAACAGCAGAAUUUUUUAGCCAAUAUACCUGUGAUGCAUUCUGGUACUACUACUGGCUGCAGUACCAGCAUAACCCCUACUUCCACCAUUACUAAUGCAUCACAGGUGAAACAAAUUGUUUAUACAAAAGGGGUUAUUCUUAACAGUGUGAAAACUUCAGGUUCUGGUACUGUUGCUCCAAGCAAACCCACUGUUAGCCAGUUACUGAAAGCAACCAGGGGAGUUGCAAAUUCAGAAUCAAAGUCACAGACUUCGAAGAAUAUUAGCAACAACAAUACAAAGUAUGUCCAGAUGAAAUCUCCCUCAGGAACUGUUAGUUUAGUGCCAGUGGUUUCUCACUCAAGAUCAGGAGGAAACACAAUAUUGCUACAGAAUCCACCUAAAUCAAAUGUUUUACAAAUUGUUUCGACAUCUAUUGCAAACACUGCAACAGGAAAUAUUCUUGUGCAGCCAACUUCUAUUCAGAAAUUGAGCAACCCACUUAUGCAACAGACAGUAACAAAUCCAUUAAGGAUUGCUGUUUCACCGCAAGUUGUACCAAACUCUACUCUGUGUAUUGUUCCCCAAUCCAAGCCACUUAACACAGUGAAUCAGCAAAAGAAUUUAGCAUUGGCUGGAAAUCCUCAAGCAACAGUGGUUGCAUCUACUCCAAUCAUAGGACAGAAAGCAGCUAAUGUCCCGCAAUUUGGUGGAAGACCGCAGUUUUCAGGAACAACUCAAUUCCUGUUACAAGGUGUUGCACAGAUUCAUCCCUCCCCUACUGCCUUUCAGGUGGACCCUAAGACUCCACAUUUCCAAACUAUUGUUACCUCUAAUCAAGUGUCAUCUCCUCAGUCUUGUACAAUAGUGGGAUCUUUGCAAACACAGCCAAUAACCAAUGUAGCUAUCAAGUCACCUAUGACUUCAGAAGCAGUAAAUCCUGGAACAGUAACAAAAUUUAAUGGGGCAACUCUUAGUGGGUUAAACAGUGAUGUAGAUCAGGCUUAUGGAGCCAUUGUAAGUCCAAACAAAGUACUUCAGUUGGUUCCCCAGCCAAUUGUGCCAAUAUCUCAAGUGUCAGCUGUAACUACACUCACUACCACAACAUCAACCACACCAAAACAUAAAAUGUCCACUGAGAGCAGUCAGGAAAUGGUUCUCAGUAAAGUUUUGAAGAAGGACAGUGAUUCUAAUAACCUCCCUGAUGCUGGCCUGGAGAAUAAAGUGAAAGCUGGACUUCUUUCGCCUAGUUCCAACCAGUCUUUGUAUCGUAUGUCCAGUCCUGGUUCAGUUGAUAAAACAUUGGUGCAAGUGUCCAGCUACAGUGCUUUCUCAGGGAACCACCCCAAUAAAAUAUCUCCAGACAAGUGUGAUACAUCUGGUAGCAGUGGUGAAAUAUCACCCAGUAAGGCAGCAAAAAAGAAAUCCGGUGCAGCAGCAUCCCCCCGAUCUCAGAAUAUUGAUGGAAAAUCUGUGAAGAAGAAACACCAGGAUGAGAACAAAAUUCCUAAAUCCAAAGGUGACACCAAAGAUUCUGAAAAGAACAGGUCCAGAAACAGCAGUGAUGGCAAAGAUACUCAUAAAGAUAAUGUCGGAAAGAAAAAGAAACGAAACAGUGGUGAACAAGACUUCAAAAGAGACAACUUUGAGAUUACAACAGUUCCUGAUAGAAUUAUGACGGAAGAGUGGACAAAUCCUGUGAGAGGCUUAUGGCAACAUUUGUUGCUAGAUUUUGGUGCUGAACAAGACUUUAAUGUAAAAAUAAGCCAGAAAUUGCCACAUUGUUCCAUUUGUGCAUUGUUUAAGCCUUUACAUAUUUUACUGGAAAAACAUGAGGACAGUCCGUCAAAAUCUAAAAAAGGGAAGAAAUCAAUGCCAGAGAAAACACUCCCGAUGAUUCCAGAGGUGUGCUUUGCCUACAGUGAGGACAACCAGAAUCCAGCAAGACUUCAAGCACAUCUGGAUAAAGAUGGAAUGAGUCACUUGUUAGUGUGCGAGGACUGUAAAGUUUGUGUACAUGCAAGUUGCUAUGGUGUGCUUGAUGUACCUCACAAUAAGAAGGCUUGGAGAUGCACAAGAUGUGUCCGUCAGCAGCUUGCAGCUGAAUGCUGUUUAUGUUGUUUGAGAGGUGGAGCUCUUAAACCCACUAGUAAUGGAAAGUGGGCUCACAUUGUUUGUGCCCUUGCCAUCACAGAAAUCAAGUUUGAUAACAUACCUAAACGUGAACCAAUAAACAUCGAGGGAAUCAUCACCAAUAGAGUUAGAUUAAAAUGCUAUUACUGUAGCCCUCUACAAAACAGUGACAGGUCGAUAGGGGUCAGCAUUCUUUGCUCUGUGGGGAAGUGUAACUCCACUUUCCAUGUGACCUGUGCCUAUGCUGCUGGAGUUUUGUUUGAGACAAGUGACUGGCCAUUUCCAGUCUAUACUACCUGUAAUAAACAUGGAGCACAUAGGGAAAAGGCUUUUGCCAAGGAGCGUGAAAUGACAAAUCUGAAAGUGGGGGAUAAAGUAUUUGCCAAGCAUAAAAACACUCGGUAUUACAAGGCAACUGUGGUGAAAAUUCAGAAAGAAACCUUCUGUUGUCUGGAUUUUGAUGAUGGCUCUUUUAGUGAUGACACAUUUCCUGAAGAUAUUAUGGGAUAUUCUCCACCCUCCUUUCCACUCGUUGGAACACCUGUGCAAGUCAAAUGGACUGAUGGAGAAUUGUAUGGAGCCACAUUCAAAGGGACAAAUGUUGUGAUCAUGCAUAUUGUACAGUUUGAAGAUGGAGUAGAAAGAGACUUCAAGAGACAUGACCUUUGGACACCGGAUGAAGAUCUCCCGAAGCAUGUCAGAUCUAGGCUGUCGGAAGCCACGGAGAGGAAGUACAGUUUGCUGUACGACGAGGAAAUCAAAGCUGAAAUUGGUGAUCACCACACCAGGAACAAACCUAAAGUUUCUUACUCCAAGCUCAAUGGCUGAAGCAACCAUCUGUUGCUGUGUUAUCUGUGAUUUUGUACAGUGAACAGUUGACUAUUGUAUAUUGUAAAGGCAAUGAACUUGUUUUGUUUUUUUUAUUCUAUGUAAUUAUUUUUUUUUUUUUUCGUGUGUUGCACAACUUCAUUUUUUUAUUUCAUAUGUCAUUUUAUUAAGCAUAUUGAAGUAAAUGAAAUAGACACCAGGAUAUUUUGCAUUGGUCAUGAUAGUUGUAUUCAUAUUGCGACAUCCAUUUAUGUUGUGGAGUAGAAAGGGACAAUUGUUUCAAUCUGCCCAUGGAAGUGAUCUGGACACUGAUGCUGUACAUAAAGUGGAGGGAAAAGAAGGCAGCAAUUAUUUAUUGAUGUAGAAAGGCAGUAUUUAUUGUACUGUGUUUUAUAUGUGUUGUUUUGACUUUUAUUUGUAAACGUUGGUGUGCUUAUUAUAAUGCACCCGUCUGUAGAGCUUAAUUUUGUGUAUAUCCUUCACAUUUGUAAGCUGUAAGGAAUUAAUCUUUCUGAGGAGAAUUGUAAUUUCAGUGGAUUUUACAGGAAAAUUAUGUGCUCUAAUUUUAAUAACUGAAUAAAUCUGCAAUUGAUUGAAUGAGAGUUUGAAGAUGGUUUCCUUGUUGUGAUAACGGGUAAUCUGUGUUCCACAUUAAAUGCAGCUGACAUGAUCCUUUGCAUGUCUUGAGGCAAGUAAAA